GGUGUGGUCUCUCCUCAAGUCUUCCUGGUGUCCAACCAUCAUCCCCGCCUGUAUGACUUCUCUCUGUUAUUAAACACCUUAGAGAGAGAACUUCCUGCACACAAGAAACAUGCUCUGCUGCUGGCCAUGCCCAACAUCAGCCUGGAGGUCAUCAACAAGAAGAAAAAGGCUUUUCAUUCCAAAAUAAAAUACUUAGCAACACUUAGUGCAGCUGUAGCAGCUGUACCAGUUCCUGGACUCUCUACUGCUGUUGACAUAAGCCUGUUGGUUGGUGUUGUUACAAGAUGGGUAUUUGGGUUUGGUCUUGAUAUCCCGUCACUGCGGAGACUUGCUGAUAGUACAGGUGUGACAUUGGAUGAUCUGCUUGCCAUCAUAGUUUCAUCACUGGCUGCAGUAGAUAUAACACCAGAGCUUGUCCUGAAGCUGCUUGCUGAACUUGGAGUUGUAGCUACAUUAUUGGCAGCAGAGGAAGGAACCAGAUUCAUUCCAAUACUUGGAAUCCCAGCAGCAAUGGCCCUCUCUUUCACCUUCACCUACUUUGCUCUCAAUAAAUUCCUUGACAUGCUCUCUGAGGAUGCACAGAAGGUGUUUGAAAGGGCCCUGGGUUUGAACACCUCAGUGUGAUGUUGUAAGGUGAAUGAAGAUGGCAUUGAUUGGUACAUUUAAGAUUGCAGAAAGGAAUUUUAUUUUUUCACAUUUUUAGCAAUUUUUGCAUCAUGCGUUUUUCAGUUAGUCAUUCCAUCCAAUAGCUUAUAUAAAGAAAUAUAAUCUUCUAAUAGCAGCUAAAUAAUGAAAGUUGUAAUUGUUUAUAGUACAUUAAAACAUGACUCUUUAUCUUUUUAAAA